CCUUAGUGGGAUAUUGACUGCAUGAAUCCCCAACGGAGCUCAACGACUUCUGUAGGUGUGGACAGCUCUCCCACGGAGAGGACCGGACUAAUGAGUAACCUGACAGGCGGGGAGUGGGCGGGGGAGAGUGGGAACUUCUCUCCGGUCCGCCGCUACUCUGCCGCGGACGAUGAGGCCACGACGGUGCCAGAGACAUCAGUGGUGACCCCCUCGACCAACAGCACAACAAACCAGCAGCCGCAAAGUCAGAGAACGCGGCGCGGCGAAGGGUCUCAAAAUAGAUCUGACGGUGAUGGAGCGGCGGCCACCCGUGGUGGCGGUGCCCAGCCAGCUGCUGCUGCGAGGCAGGAGGCGGGGAGAGGGAGCGGAGAGGCGGUGUCGGGGCAGCAGGAAGAGGAGGACGACGGGGAAGAGACGCUUCUGUACGGGGCCAAGCACGUCAUCAUGCUGUUUGUCCCCGUCACGCUGUGUAUGGUGGUGGUGGUCGCGACCAUCAGUUCCAUCACGUACUACACCACGAAGGGAACCUAUUUCCUGUACACCCCGUUCCACGACAAGACGGAAGACACCGGGACCAAGCUGUGGCAGUCUAUGGCCAACGCCCUCAUCCUGCUGGGCGCUAUCAUCGUCAUGACCAUCGUUCUCCUGCUCCUCUACAAGUACGAGUGCUACAAGAUCAUCAAUGGGUGGCUCGUGAUGUCUUCAGUGAUGCUGCUGUUUUUCUUUUCCUACAUAUAUCUUGAACAAAUUCUACGUGCCUACAACGUCCCGAUGGACUAUAUCACAGUGGCUAUCAUCAUGUGGAACUUUGGCGUGGGGGGCCUGUUCUGCAUCCACUGGAAGGGGCCGCUACUCCUGCAGCAGGCGUACCUCAUCAGCAUCAGCGCGCUGGUGGCCCUCAUGUUCAUCAAGUUUCUGCCGGACUGGACGACAUGGGCCGUGCUGGGCGUCAUGGUGGUGUGGGAUUUGGUCGCCGUGCUGUGUCCAAAGGGCCCCCUUCGCAUGCUGGUAGAGACAGCUCAGAACAGGAACGAGCCCAUCUUCCCAGCCCUCAUCUAUUCUUCUACGAUGGUGUGGACUAUAACCAUGGCUGAUGGUGAUCCAAACAAGAAGAAAAACAAAAAGAAGAAGAAGCAAGAAACUACAACAGCUGAAGAAAGCGCGAAUGGCGCCCAGGCGUCGGGUGGUGCAGACGAGGACGACGGAGGGUUCCAGGAGCACAUUCAGAACGGAGGAUCAAGGUCACGAGGCUUAUCCAGUGGCAGCGAAUCAAAUUCUGCCCGCACAGCGGUUGCCGCGUUAGGGGAUAUGUCUCAAGCCGAUAGCCCGCGGCAGCAGCGUGCCAAGGUUGACACAGUGGCGGUGGAUGCUGAGACCACCGUGGUGGUCAACAGAAACCCCCCCAGGCCACGAGCGCAGAGAGCCGCGACAGAUCAGCAGAACCGACAGCGGAACGAGUCGGAAACAGACGUGGCCUCCUCUGAGGCGGAUGAAGAUCGUGGUGUUAAACUGGGACUUGGGGAUUUUAUUUUCUACGGCGUGUUGGUCGGCAAAGCUUCGUCCAACGGAGACUGGAACACAACCCUUGCCUGUUUUGUGGCCAUAUUGAUCGGCUUGUGUUUCACCCUCCUGCUCCUAGCCAUCUUCCGAAAAGCUCUCCCCGCCCUGCCCAUUUCCCUCACCUUCGGACUUGUCUUCAACUUUGCCACCAGCGCCUUGGUGCGGCCCUUCAUGGACAGCCUGGCCAGCGAACAAGUCUAUAUAUAGCGUACAAACGUCACUUUCCCUUUUGUUUGUUAACAUUGGAGGUUUACCGCUACGCCAACUUGACUAAAUUAUUGCUCUUGUACGGGGGUGGCGGGAUUGCUGUAGUACUGUAAAAAAGCAUGGUUUUGCUGUUUUGAGAGAAAUUGUCUCUCAAUUUUAUUAUGUAUCAAAAGGAUGAAUAAAAUUACAGUUUAAGUCAGUUAAA